AUGGCCAGCUGGCUGCCAUCCAAACUCACGAGCGCAUCGCUGCUCAUCAUCGGCGUCCUCUUCCACGUCACCUACAUCUGCUCAAUCUUUGACAUCUACUUCACUUCUCCCCUCGUCCAUGGCAUGGAACAGCACCGCGUCGAGGCACCCGCCCCCGCCAAACGACUCGUCCUCUUUGUCGCCGAUGGUCUUCGCGCAGACAAACUCUAUCAGUUUCACCCAGAUCCCAAGACAAACGAAUUGACGACGAGGGCACCGUACCUUCGCCAUAUAAUUGAGAAGGAGGGUUCUUGGGGCGUCUCUCACACUCGUGUCCCAACUGAAUCGCGUCCCGGCCACGUCGCCAUCAUUGCUGGUUUCUACGAGGAUGUCAGUGCUGUCACCAAAGGCUGGCAGAUGAACCCUGUCAACUUUGAUUCGGUUUUCAACCAAAGUGAACACACUUGGUCCUUUGGAUCGCCCGAUAUUCUCCCCAUGUUUGCGCACGGAGCAUCCGACCCUGACAGGAUCGACACCAUCAUGUACCCAGCAGAACACGAGGACUUUGGCACUGGUAUGAGACCUUCAAUGCACGUCGAUCAACUCGGCGAUGCGAGCGAGCUCGAUACCUGGGUGUUUGAGCACUUCACUGAGUUGCUCGAAAAGUCAAAAACUGACCCCGUGCUUCACAACAAGCUUCACUCUGACAAGAUUGUCUUUUUCUUGCACCUUCUGGGAUUGGAUACCAACGGACACUCACAUCUGCCCAUGUCAGAGUUCUAUCUCAACAACAUCCGGAUUGUCGACGAGGGCAUCAAGAAGGUCACGGAGCAGCUCAGUGAAUUCUACAACAACGACGGCAAGACAUCCUUCAUCUUCACUGCUGAUCACGGAAUGGGCAACCGCGGUGUUCAUGGAGAUGGACACCCCGACAACACAAGGACACCUAUUAUUGCUUGGGGAGCUGGUAUUCAGGGACCCAACAAAGUUAAUCCUCAAGGACACGAUGAAUUUUCGGCUGACUGGGACUUGAACGAGUACAGCCGUAAGGACGUCAGACAGGCCGACAUUGCGCCGCUUAUGGCAUCUCUUAUUGGCACACACUAUCCUGUCAACUCUGUUGGAGAGCUCCCAUUGCCUUAUCUGGACACCCCUGAAUCCUUCCGAGCUGCCUCCACGUUCGCCAACACCCUUCAAAUCUUGGAGCAAUACCAUGUCAAGCAGGAAUUGAAGCGGCGCACAGAACUCCUUUUCAAACCAUUCCCUGGAUUGACUGGCAACCAUUCACCCGAGGCUGUCAAGGCUCAGGUCCAGGCACUUAUUGAUGCUGGCAAGUACAAGGAGGCUGAGGCUGAGUGUGUUAUUGUCAGGGAUCUCUGCCUCGAGGGUCUUCGCUAUCUCCAAACGUACGACUGGCUGUUCCUUCGCUCGGUUAUUUCCGCAGGAUAUCUCGGCUGGAUUGCUUUCAGCUUGAACUUCAUUCUCAGGAAAUUCGUUGGUGGUCAGGAUUCUCGUCUGGGACCUCUCGGUGGACCCAGGACUCGCCGACCCAUUGCCAACGUUGCAUCGGCACAGGAGAACCAGGCCGUCAACGUUUUGUCAGUCGUCGUGUUUGCAAUUUUCUCGGUCAUCUUGACGGUCAAGCACUCGCCAGCACUGUACUAUGCCUACGUUGCAUUCCCUGUCUUCUUCUGGAGCCGUGUUAUUCUCAACAGACGGGAACUCCUUUCCGCCAUUUCCAAGACCACGCAAAACUAUGGCUGGGUCAAGACCAUCGGAUCAGUUCUUGGAUACAUUGUUGCGCUGGAGAUCCUUGUCUACAGUUACUUCAACCGCGGAAUCCUCUCGAUCUGCUUCUUGUUCUUGGCACUCUGGCCUGUUUUCCUGCCUGCCGCUGUUCAGCGCAACAACACCCUGUUGAUGGCCUCGUGGUCUCUUUCCUGUCUCGGAACCAGUAUUUUCACCCUUCUCCCUGUUGAGACGGGUGAGGAUAAGUUUUUGAUUCUUUCUGGAGGUUUGAUCUUGACUGUCAGUGGAUUUGUCUCCACGGCGGUUGUUCCUGGAAUCACAGCCGAUCCUCAGCAACCCCGCACUGCCGUCACCGCUAGAAACGUCAUGAUAUUACAGACUGGACUGAUUGCGCUGUCGACUGUCAUUGUCAAUGACACUGUCAAGAGUCUUGCUGCUCAUCAGGGCUUGCCUCUCCUGAACCAGACCCUCAGCUGGAUCAUUUUGUUCGUCACUGGAAGCAUCCCAUUUGUAUAUGGCGCCCGUUCAAGCCAGCAUUACCUCCUUCGUAUGGUUAUCAUCUACCUGUCUUUUGCCCCGAUCUUCAUCCUCUUGAGCAUCUCGUACGAGUCUAUUUUCUACUUCUGUUUGUCGGCGACAUUGCUGUCAUGGCUCAUGCUCGAGAGAAAGAUCUACUCUGCCAGCGAGAUGCAGCCCCUCUCAGAUACUCUCCACUUGGAAAAGAGAGGUCUCACCGGUGCCUCCUCCUCCUCCACCGGCAACAGCAGCAGCGCCAAUGGAGCAACAGCAGCAACAGUUGACUACCCUAUCCGCGGUCUGUCGCCCAAGGAUGCCCGCCCCGCCAUCUUCUUCCUCUUCUUCAUCAACGUCGCCUUCUUUGGCACAGGCAAUGUCGCCUCCCUCGCCUCGUUCUCACUCCAAUCCGUCUUCCGCCUGACCACAGUCUUCAAUCCCUUCUUCAUGGGUGCCCUCCUGAUCAUCAAGAUCCUGAUCCCCUUCUUCCUGGUCUCGUCCAUCUUCCGUGUCCUGGGUCGAUCUCUGGAAUUGCCUCCUUUCUCUUUGUUCCUUCUGGGACUGGCGACUACUGACGUGAUGACACUCAACUUUUUCUACCUGGUCAGAGAUGAUGGCUCCUGGCUCGAGAUCGGAACCAGUAUCAGUCAUUUCUGUAUCUCAUCCUUGAUGGUCCUGUUUACCAUCUUGCUUUUCGCCCUCAGCGAUCUCUUGGUCGGUCAUGUCCUCGUCCCUGUUGUUGGAGAAGGUCAGCGCAAGAAGAGAAGCUAA